AGCAACUUCCCGUUAGAGUCCGCCCCCCACAGUCCUCACUCUUCGUCGCUGCCCUGCCACCGUUCGACUUAAGGAACAAGGCGGUUAUUUUAACUUAAUUAAAUUAAAAUAAGGGUUUUCGACGCGCAACCUUGAAUAAGACCUUCUCUGACAGAGUCAGCGGUCGUCUAGGUGGCAUCAAAUGGACUGAGGAAACGUCUCGACAUGGAGGGCUGUGGGCUCCAAAGAACAGGGAAUAAAAAAGCCUGUGUGGGAAUCUUUCUGCUUCUCAUGUGCACAGUUCUUUACGCUGCCCAAGAACCAAAUCAGAUGAAGUGUCCAACGGGGGACUAUCUGUCAAAGAAUAACAUAUGUUGCAAUAAAUGCAACCCAGGCUAUAAGCUGGUGAAAGAGUGCCUUGUUGCAGGCCACAGGAGUAACUGCACGUCUUGUCCUGAGGACCAAUACAUGGACCAGAUUAAUUAUAAUCCCAACUGCUUCCGAUGCAAAGUCUGCAAAAGAAGAAAACACGAAGUUGAGGAGUCAUCCUGCAAAAGAGACAAAAAUACCGUUUGUGUCUGUGAAGCUGGCUACUACAAGUCUGAAAUCGACCCCACCGCAUUUGAGUGUCUCAAAUGUUCAAAGUGUAGACCAGAUGAGAAAGUAAAGCAGCAGUGUACACGAGACACAAACACUGUGUGUGUCUGUAAAGACGGCCACUACAGAGAAAAGAAUACCUGCAAACCUUGUGAAGGUUGCUCAGUAGAGUGUUCCCAUCUCUGUGAGGCUGUUACGACAAAACGUCCUGAGCCUCGGGAUGAUUUGAUGGUUGCUAUAGUUGCCAUUUCAGCUGUGGGUGUCGUUAUGGUGGCUUUGGGGGUUCUCGUCACCCACGUAUUCACAAAAAGAUUUAUAAAGAAGAAAAUGCCAAGUCUUACCUCUCAACCAACCGACAUUUCCAUCAGUGAACGUUUGUUUGUCCAUGAAGAGUCUUCAGAGAGCCAAGUAGAAAGUGUUCCUCAAAGCCCCGUGGAGGAGCAGGGCCAGCCCAACCUGCCUGACUGUGUCCCGUUAGAGAUAAGGAUCCCUGACCUGAUCUACACGGUGCUGGACCUUGUUCCUGUUGUGCGCGUAAAGGAGCUGGUGCGCUCGCUUGGCGUGAGGGAUACGGUGAUCGAACAAGCAGAGAUGGAUCACCGACAGUGCCGGGAGGCUCAGUACCAGAUGCUGCGGGUGUGGGCCGAAAGCGGCUCCCACGCAGCUGGAGGGGGUCGAGGGGACAUGCUGCACCUUUCGCUAGUGAAGGAGCUCCUAGACAAACUGAGACAGAUGCACCUGGGUGGAACGGCUGAGGAGCUGGAGACAAAGUACGGCAUUCACUGAUUCUGUGGUGCUUGCCAAGCAUAGAAAGCGCUGAAACCAAGUACUGUUUUCCUCUUCAUGGAUGGCUUGAUAGAGUGUGAGGGUGCUACAACCAAGACUGUACAACAGCAAACAAGCCAGACUGAGGAUUUUCCCAUCCUGUCACUGGGAACUGCUGAUGAAAACUUUUCAGUGAGAAAGACUCACAGAAAAAUCACAGAUUUGGUGAAAACUUUUCUUCCAAUCUGUAGCUUCUUUUAAUAUAUAAAGCAUUAAGACUGAGAGGAAACACUCCUGCACACUGAUUUCUAACUGCUCCUUUAAGAAUAAGUUCACCAGCAUCUUUUAAUCAGACAUUUAUUUUAAAAAGGAUUUCAAAAUAAGAGCUGGUUGUAGCUUUACAGCAAACUAUAAACAUGUUUUUUAUUGUCUUUAGGUUGUCAAUAAGAUUUACUUUUAUUUACUUUAUUUUUUUUUGGUUUAUAAAAAAAGGUCUAUAUUAGAACAGUGGUCCCCAACCCCAGGGCCAUGGACUGGUACUUCUUUUAACAGUAGAGCCAGUGAGGAAACAGAAGAAGAGCUUUCAACCUAAAAGGAAAACAAAUCGGCAUUUAACAGACGAAAACCAGGAGUCUUUACUCCAAAUAUGGAACACAGUAAUAAAGCAGAAUAUUCAGCGACCGGCUGUCUAAUGUUACGAGGAUGCUGCUACUAACGUUUCUUAAUACAAUUUUUUUAUUUUAUUUAUCUGCCUCAUCUUAAAAGUCAGAUGAGGCUGAAUUUGACGCCUGAUUUUCUUAGCUUCCACUUUGACACUUAUGGGUUUAGUGAAAAUCUAUAUCACAUUCUUUUUGAUUCAUGCAUGAAAUCUAGUUUACAAAUAUAGCAUAAAGCAGCAGCAGAUAUUUUACAAAGGAUGCAGAUAAACAUUACCCUCAAUAGUUAAGGGGAAACUGAUGGC